GACAAAUAAUCCUUAAAUACAGUUUCCAAAGGUCUUAAAUUACCAAAGACCCAAUAAACAAGAUUAUUUUAUUCUAUAAAAUGUUCGUGAAUUUAUAGUUAGUGUUCAGCUUUUUUUGUGUGUGAUAUUGGCGUAAGCGGAAACGUACACAUUCAGUUGGGGGGGGGGGGGCUAUUUUUAGAUGAGCACUUUAGCUGGUUAAGCUAGCGGGAGUUUGCGCCAUGGGGAAGUGCAAGUUUAAUGUUAACUGGAUGGCUAAUCCCACGUUCGCGACGUGGUUAGCGCCGGUUCCGGGCAAUAACUGCGAAGCCCGCUGUACUCUGUGCAAAAAGCUCUUUAAACUCGGUUCCAUGGGAGUUAAAGCUGUGGAGUCGCAUAUGCACAGCGAGAAGCACAAAGCCGCAGCCAAAACCCGCGAACAGACGAAUGCAAUUUCUCAGUUCUGCACCGUGUCACCGGUUUCCCCGGCUUCAGAAUCUCCGAACUCAGCAGCGACCGCAUCAGCAUCGGACCUCAGGGGGAUUUUUGGAUCCACUGCAACUCUUCAGGCAGAGGUGCUGUGGUGCCUGCACAGCGUAACAAGACACCAAUCUUACGGCGCUAAUGAGGGAGUCGGAGAUAUAUUUAGAGCUAUGUUUCCCGACUCAGAAAUUGCUAAAAACUUUACGUGUGGUAAAGACAAAACAGCAUAUGUAGUCAAAUUUGGUUUGGCUCCCCACAUCAUCAAACUCCUUAUGGCCGAUGUCAACAGAGGCAGUUUUACUUUGAUGUUUGAUGAAACCCUCAACCAGAUAACCAAAACAAAGCAAAUGGAUCUGCAUGUUCGUUACUGGAAAGAGGAUCAAGUCCAGUCCAGGUACCUAGGAUCACAGUUCAUGGGCCAUGGAACAGCUAAGGAUUUACUACACCACUUUAAAGAAUGCUCUCAGCAGCUGGAUUUGAAAAAGCUGCUUUCAGUCUCCAUGGAUGGGCCCAAUGUAAACUGGAAGUUUUUGGAGUUGCUUCAAGAAGAACUGCGUGAGCAGUAUGAGGGGAGACAGCUGAUUGUGGUUGGGAGCUGUGGCCUUCACACUCUACAUAAUGCCUGCAAAGGUGGUUUCUCUGUGUGGCAGCUAGAGAAAGUUUUGAAAGCCAUGCAUGUUCUCUUCCAUAAUGUGCCAGCUAGGAGAGAGGACUUCAUAACUUUGACAGCUUCUGCAAAGUUUCCACUUGCAUUCUGUAGCCACAGAUGGCUUGAAAACUUACCAGUAGCAGAGAGAGCCUUGGAGAUGUGGGCAUCUUUGACCAUGUACCUGGAUGCAGUCAGAACGAGGAAGCUACCAAAUCCAGGAACUGCAUCUUUUGACACACUUGAAACUGCUCAGAAAGACCCCCUUAUCCUUGCAAAGCUACAUUUCUACAUUGCUGUUACCAGGACUUUCGCUCCUUUCUUGACAAGAUAUCAAACUGAUGAACCAGUGAUGCCAUUCUUGGCCACAGACUUGGCAGAGUUGAUGAAGAGUGUGCUAAGGCGUUUUGUCAAGAGAGAAAUCCUGAAGGAUAUCAGUCCACUGCAGCUGGUCAAACUGGAUGUUGGUGACAAGAAUAACUGGGUCCCCCUGCAAGAUGUCACCCUAGGUUUGGGUGCAGAGUCAGUUCUUAAGGAACUUCAGCAACAAAAAAAGAUAGGGGAGCUUACUGUCCUGGAGUUCAGGAAAGACUGCAUCAAGAUGCUGUCCACCAUCAUUCAGAAAGUGCAAGACAAGAGUCCAUUAAAGUACCCCCCUGUUAGGCAGGUUGCCUGUUUGGAUCCCAGGAGGAUGUAUUCUGACCCAGACUGGUGCCAGAAAAACAUGACUAACCUGGUGCAGAGGUUUCUGCAAAACCAGCAGUUAUCAGGAGGUGUCUCUGCUGGUGAUGUAAUUGUCCAGCAGUUUACUGAGGUCUUAUCAGUUGGAGCGAGAAGUGAGACCUUUCUCUCCUACAGACCCACAGAGUGUAGACUGGAUGUAUUUCUCAAUGGCGUCCUGAGCCAAUGCUAUCAGGAGCUAUUGGAGUUUAGCAAGAAACUACUACUUCUGUCCCAUGGACAAGCAACAGUGGAGAGAGGAUUCUCUGUAAACAAAGAGGUGGAGACCUACAAUAUGCAGGAAGACACAAUGAUUGCUCAGCGACUGGUCUGUGAUUAUGUCACUGUCUCUGGGGGGGUCUUCAAUGUCCCUAUGUCAAAGGAGCUACUUGCGUCGGCUGCAUCAGCAAGGUCCAGAUACAGAGUGCAUCUAGAUGAGCAAAAGAGGAAGAAAAUCACUGAUCGCGAGGCACAGAAGCGAAAAUCUGCAGAAGAAGCCAUUGAGGAGCUUAGGAAAAAGAAGCAAAUUCUGCUGCAAGUGUCCAACAGCCUACAUAGAGAUGCUGAUAAACUUGCAGAAGAUGCUGAAGGGAAGAGUGGAAGCUUGAUGGCCCAGCUCAUCACAAAGUCAAACACGCUGAGGAAGAGAUACAGAGAAAAAAUGUAUGAACUAGAACAGGUGGAAACUGAACUGAAGACCAAGACUGAAGAACUCAGAUCUAUUCCAUAACUGAGAAAAGAGAAGGACCAUUUACUUAUAUUUAGUAUUCAAUACAUGGUACUUGUAUUCAUUUUACACAUUCAUGUAAACUCAGUUUAUUUAAAUACGGAUAUUCACAGUAUUUAACUCAGAGUUGUUAGUACUGCAUUUUGUUUUUGGAAAAUAUAUGCACAGAUUAUCUUAUCUCGAUGUUUGUGUUAUUUUUCAUCACGUUCAGUUCCAAUAAAGGUUUGGCCAGAACUAUUUGUAAGGUCGUACUCGUCACAUUAUGUUUUUUAGUCUUGAAUGUAAGGUCUUAAAUUUGGUCAAAGUGGCCUUAAAAAAGGUCUUAAAAAGUCUUAAAUUUGGCUCCCUUAAACCUGCAGAU